CGAGAUCAGCGAAGUGUAAAAGAUUGCUCAACUGAAUUUAAUUUUCAACACUCAAUCGAUAGUCAUAGCGGUGAAUACUCACCACACUCAACACCUUCCAUAACACACCCACCGCCAACGCUCGGUCAAGCCGAGCACGAUCUACUCAAACAGUUUGCUUUGCUCUUUGGCCCCGACGCCGAUGUCAAUACAUAUUAUAUAUUAGAUUCAGAUAUUGAUGGAGAUGACGAAGACACUGGCGUUAACAGUUCGGCAGCCAAUGUGCAUAUCGAACAGACGAUUGCCGAAAUUAAUCAGAUAGGUUCACCUUUGGAAACCAGCCGUACAACGCCGACAAAGAGUGUAACCAGCUCAAUGACAAUUUCACCAGAAUCACCAUCGUUUACAGUUAAUGAGGCGCAUCUACCGCAUAUACCAUCUUCAUCUACAUCCAGCUCAUCCAUGUACGCUAUACGCACACCAUCACCGAUUCGAUUUCGUUUAUUGGAAUCGCCAUGCUCCGAUAUCGACGGUAUCACCCUUACUGAGAUGGUGGAAGUACAUUAUCCGCCGAUGAAAGCACACGACGUAAGAGUGAAUAUGGAGCAUUUACUGGUUGAAGGUCAAACUGAGGUUGGCGUCAAUGUCACAGAUGAUUUUCUGAGUCAAAAUAAUAAUACAUCCUGUUCUAUGUCAUCCACCCUAACAGAUAGCAAAACUGUUGAUGUACGAACACCGAUAGUGGUUUAAGCAUGUGUUAAAAAUAUGUAUGUAUGUUUGAAUGUGGUAUCCAUGGUAUUUAAUUGGGCUUAAGUUGGUAGUGGUCACAUUCAUGUGCUUGUACCCAAGCAAGAUUAUUUGAAGUGCAACAAACCACAAAAACAACCAAAAAUCUAUAAAAACAACAAAGCUAAUUGUGGUAAAUGAGGCGCAAUGUAUGUAUAAGAUUCAAAAACCUAGCUUCGUAGUUCGUUGUUAAAAAGUAUGCAGGCUUAUAAAUGUAAUUAGGUGACGAGGUUAAACUUAACAAAAAAAAUUAUUACUUUCUAGGGUCGUACGGCAUACGAUAGCAGAAUAUCUUAAGGAGUCAUUUGCUUAGUCAAGGUAUUUCUAAAGCUACAUAUUCUUACGGAAGCCAUUUAGAUGGCGCCUAAGGCUCAGUUAGUGUGUAAAGAUUAGGCGUAAGAAGACCCCAAGCGUACUAAUUAAUGGAGAACAGAAUUAAAUUUCUUCAUUUAUUGGCGAGUUCCACAGUUUUCAGACGUAGGGUGACUCUUCCCUAACUUUGUUGGCGAGAACUUGCUUUUGUCAACGGAUGACCAAUAUUUUGGCCUUUUCCACCGAGGGUUACUAUUAAAACUGUCGGCUUUAUAUAAAAAAGGUCUUCAGGUCCAACGUAGUCUGAUCAUCGAAUAGAAUUUCAACGCGAUAAUUAUCCUCCUUCGGAUAAGGAAUCUAAAGUCUGUCAAACCAGCUGUAAUUAUAGCAAGUAUUGACGUUAUAAAAAAAGAACGGAAAAUUUUAAGAAUAUUAACGCAGCUGCUGAAUUAAAAAAAAAAAUUGUUAGGUUAUAAAAAAUAGUAUGAGUAAAGGGAUUUAGUGAUGUGUAGAAAAAUUAUAAUGCUAUUAGUUUUUGAGGGCAUAAAACUCUUUAGAGUCAAAAAGUUAAACACGGCUUGCUUGUUAGUUCACAGAUACAAGUAUUACUACUUGGCCUCUUUUACCAUAAAUUGCUUUGUUAUUACUGUUAUACUUUGUAAUUUACUCUACUCGACUUUGCUAUAUUAAUUUAGUAAAUUUAUAUCUGUAGAGAUACUGAGGAAAUAUUGUUUAUUGGCUUGGUUCUAGCGCUUGGACUCUUUAGAAUAUUUUGUACAUACAUAUGUAAAUUUAUAUACAUAUUUAUGUAUGUAUAUAAAAUACAUAAAGCCUUUUCUCUGAUUUCCCAAUAAAUUUGGAGGCACAAAGGAAAAAUAAGACUCUUUACGGUCGAUUGAAAGCGUUUAAUACUGGCCACAAAUUUAUCAUUGGCUAAAGUCCUGACCAGGGUUGCAGAUAAUGCAAUAAAAAAUUAAUUGAAUUUAAAUUUGGAAUAAUUUUUAUUUUUUUUAAUUUUGUAAUCCCGAAAGCCUUAAUAAUAACAAUUUUUAAAUUUUUAAAACCCAAAUACCGGAUUUAAAAUAAAAGAAAAUAAUUUUUAAUUUCAAAAUUCGGAUUAAAAUUUAUGUUUAAUUAAUCUCGAUCACCAGAAAGAAAAAAAGAUUAAUAGCAAAAAUUUAAUUAAAAACCUAUAUAUUUUUUUUUAAAUCUUAAAUACCGGUUUGAAAACGAAAAAAAACUUCUUAAAUUCCAAAAUUAACAUAAAACAUUAAAAAUAAUUUUUUUUAGAAUUAAAAUUUUUUCGUGCUUUUUUACCUCGUGUUCUACCAUUUUUGUCAUCUUUUGAAAAAAAGUUUAUUUUUAAUAAAAUAUCCUUAUAGUAUAACUGCUUUUAAUUAUAGUAUAUAUGUAAAUCUUUUUUUAUAUUCCUUUUCAUUGCAGCUUUUAAUUUGAAAAAUAAUUUUUUUAUUUGUUACUCAACUUUUAAAUUUUAAAAUAGUUUUUCAAUUUUUAUGCAAGAUGUUGAAGAUUAAAAAAUAAAUUUAAAAUUUUUAUUAUUAAAUAUUAAUUAGUCCCAAACAUGAAAAUUGAAUUUUUAACCCCAAAAUAUCAAAAUUAGAAUUAAAAAUUGAAAUUUUACUUUUUAAUCGCGAACAUCUUGAAAAAAAUUGAGAAAAUAUUUUUAAAAUGAAAAGUUAUAAAAAAAUUAUUUUUCGAAUUAAAAAAAAAAAAUCAAAUUAAAUUAAAAUCAAAUUAUCCAAAAUCGUAAUUAAAAAUUGGAAACUUAUUUUAAAUUAAAAAUGUUGGCUUAAAAAUAUUCGCAACCCUGGUUCUGACCGCAGAAAUAACCCAAAAAUGCAAUUAUCAUGACUUUUCUCUUUUGCAUUACCGGCUCUUUAAAAUUAUUUGUUUCUAGAAUUUUAUGCGUUUUAUGAAAAAUACUAUGGACUGUCAAGAUUUACAAUAUUUUGUAUUAUAUAUAAUAUUUAAUUUUUGUAAUUUUUAUUUACCUUUCUAACAAAUUUAUAAAUUUUAAGUAUUUUGAAAGCAAAUGUAAACCAAAUCUAUGCUCGCAAUACAUACAGAUGAAUAUGUGUAUUGAUAUAUUGAUUAUCUGCUUAUAAUUAUUUUAUAUUUAUGUAUGUAUGUAUGUAUAUAAAAGAAGGCAUUUGCUUAAAAUAGUUAAUUAUGAAUGAAAAGUGUAAGCACGUUGGGCAAUUUUUUUCACUUCGUUGAAAAAGAAACGUAAUGCGAUAAAUAAAAGUUAGAAAUAUGCAAUUUCUUUAGAAUGAGUAACGGUAUAGAAUAAGCUAGUUUGCAAAUUGUACGAUAUUUUCUUUGAUUAAUUUUUAUCAAUAUUAAACUUAUCUCAAUACUGCACUUUCAAUAAUUUCCUUCCUUAAAACGCAAACAUUUUAAAUUUAACUUUGCAUAAAGAAGUUUGAGUAUAGUAAAUAAGUAAGAUAUGCCUGUGUCUGCAUAAAACAGGACAUGUGUGUUAAAUUAAAUUGUUUGUAAAUGUAAGCAUUUGAUGUACAAUACCAACUGACCAAUAAACUCGAAUGAAAAGAAGAAUAAUUGUUAACAGUUUUGAAAAAAUAAAUAAAUAAAGCUAAUAAUAAUAUAAAUGGUA